AUGGCCGAUUCGGCGGCGCGGCCGCCACGGGAAGAUUUACGCCAGCCCCGCGUAAAGUGGACGAAUAAUAAUGACUCCACGCGGGGAUGGGAUCCCAUCGACCAUGACCGCUUCCGGGUCCCCCUUCAGCGUCAUUUCGGAGAUGAAAUUGAUGUCGAUGAUCGAUUAGCCUUUCUUUUGCCAGGGGAACUCGAAGAAGAGCUCGGAGUCACGCCCUUCAUCUCGGAGAAGUCUCGAAACAUCGGCAACGCUGAGGGUCCACACGUGGAGUUCAACCUCGAGGCGGUCCUGGUGAACUCCAUCAACGGCGCCUACACGUCGUCUGGAUAUCCCUCCAUCAUAACGAGCGGCCAGGCGCAAGGCGACGUGUUCGGUUCCUUUGUUGACCUCCGAAAUCCGUCGGUGUGCACGCUCAAUCUGCCGCCGGAGGAGACCAUUGUGAUCGCGCCGGACUACAUCGCGGAGAACCUCCCAGGGCAGGGGAAGCAUACCACAUCCAUGGAAACGCUGCUAAGAAUUAUCUGGCGGCGUGGGGAGCAAGUUUUCCGACCAGAAAAGCAGGAGUCGCUAAUCCUGUCCGCCGUCAGGGCCGACGAGGGAGGCGCUUCGCUUGGGGUGGAAUCAUCUCUCACACAGAAGCCAAUACAGCGGCCGCCGGGUGCAUCAGAGUCGGGGCUGCGGCAAAUCCUGCAACAGCAUCCGGAGGGGGUCCAUGCCGUUCAUUCCGCGCCGGAUCUGCGCGAUAUGCUCUUAAAGGGCAAGUUCCCGAAACCUCCACAGGCCGCCUCAUCGGCAACCAACGAGAACCCGUCCGAGUCCUCGGGCGCGGGUAUACCACUGGCUCCCUUGUUACCGACUGGCACCGCACCCGUGCAGCACACUCUCGUCUCCGUUAACACCUUCAAUCACCUGAGUUUUUAUCUGGUUGCUCACCAGAAUGGCAUUCUUCUCGACAUCGCACCCCUGCUAACCCUAUCAAUCAGCAUUGCCUCUCGCAAGGUCACGGCACAGAUGCUUUUCAUGCUGGGCUGUGAGGAGGUGCGUCCCAUCGUCGGCAGUGAUUCGAUGGAUAGCCCCGAGAGACCGUGUAAGUUUGCGUCGCAGAACCGUGACCAUAAUGUCUUUGAAGAUACCUAUAUCACUAAGCCAGAGGACCAAGAUUUUUUCUUCAAUCCCAAGCACAGCAACAUCAACUUUGUAGACGCAAAUGUUCAGGCGAAAACCAUUUCAGUCGUGAACAUUAAUCUCGUGUUCGAGCCUCUCCUAGUCUUUGGCAAUCAAAACGGGGAUAUCUUUAUCUUCAGCAUAUUCGAAAAGCGUGUGGUUCAGCGUCUAAAUUUUACCACGGCGUCUCCUGAGACUCAGUCAACCAUGGUGUAUGGUGCCGGUUUGAAGAUCGUCUCGGCGCCUGUCUCGUGUCUGCAGGAGGUGCAGAAUGGUAUCGAGAAGGAACUCCAGGAAAUGGUUACGCGCGCCGGGAUCGCGAAGCGGGCGCGCAAGAGUAGUUUUCAAUUUGGUACAUCGAUCCACCAUGACCCCUUUUAUAGCAGAAAGCCACUAGGUAUCAGUUCGCCGUCCGGCUGCGAGGGUGUGGGGAAUUUCUCCUUAACGUCCUCGAUGGAGACCAGCCAUCACUCCCUCCACCCUACGAUCUUCGCCGCUGGCUUUGACAAUGGGCAUGUCCUGCUGCUCUGCGUCGUCGCCUCCGGUGCGUGGUUGCUGAGACAUUUUGAUAAUCAGACCUUUGGCUAUCACUCGAUUCGGUGCAUCGCCCCGCGGAUUCCGCCCUUCUUCACACGUCUGUGGACCCACUACAACUCCCCCACAGCAUGUGAGGAUGAAGCGGAUUCAUUGAAUUCCAACAAAGGCGCAAAUAGGCCACGCACGUCACUCAUCACUCUCGAGGAGCUGCUUUUUAUUGACGAGGAGCAGCACGUCGCGGCGAUAUCCUGCAAUAGCGGGACUAUUGCACUCGUGAAGCUACCAGGGUUCGACAUUCUCUCGCGGAUCAGCGUUUAUGAAUAUAACACGGUGGGAGAAAUAAUCGCGCUUUUUUGGGCAUCAAGCACACCCUUCCAUCUGCUCACUCCCGACCUGUUGAUCAGCUCCGGCGAGGAUGACAUGCUAGGGAUCUUCCACUUCACCCCAAUAUGCGCGGAGAACAGCUUCCUCUCCAACAGCUUCAACCGUCAGAGUCAAGGGCCCUUCGAGCGGAGCGCGCAGCUGGAAACCCUCAGCGGGCUGCAGGUCCUGCACCGCAAGCGCGCACAUCGAAGCUGGGUGAGUCACCUGUGCGGGGUACCCUUGGUCGCGCCGACGUCCUUGCAGGCCGCGGGCGCUCCCACUUUCCUCGGUUGCUGCCUCAUCGCGACUUCCUACGACGCGCGGACGUCGUUCUGGCCUAUCCUGGCGAAGAAGCCGUGCCCGGAACUCCCUGGAGGAGGGGGGGAUGGGGUCGCCCUCGCCGACGGGCCCACCGCGUCCCUCCGGCUGCACGUGGAUAUGACCACCGCCUGUGGGGUGGGCGGGGGGGGAGGGAGCUUCUUCCUCGUCACGACGUGCUGCCGCGGGAAGGUGAAGUUUUGGUCCAUCCAGGUGAAGUUGGCUCAGAGCUAG